AUGGCGCGGCAUCGCGGGACGAGAGGCGGAUGGAACGCGACGACGACGGAGGGUGGAGAUGGACGCGAACGCGAACGCGCGAGCGAGCGGGACGCGAACGCGGCGACGCGAGGCGAAGGCGAAGGCGAGGCGACGGGGAGAGCGUCGAUCGCGGCGACGCUCGCGGGAGAGACCGCGUCGUCGAUGACGUCGAGUUAUAGCGCGUGGGAGGGCGAGGAGACGAAGACGCACCCGAGCUCGACGUUCGACGCGGGGAGAUCGACGGGGGCGGCGUUGCACGGGUGGUUACAUUUAGAGGAGUGGUUCUUCGCGCAAGGCGCGUCGCACGACGUGAGCGCCGAUCGCAGGGACGAGAACGGGGUGUGUUUUCCGCCGAUGUUUCCCGACGCCGCGUCGUUGGGGUUCACGUGGUCGUCGGAGGGAGAUUUAGUCAACAAGCUCGUCAAGCACUUUGGCGCGAAGUCGGCGGUGACGAGUUUCUCCGCGCAUCGGGCGCAGUACAUCACGGACGAAGACUUAUUAGAAAUAGCGUCGCAAGGGAUCGAAAUGGUUCGAUUGCCACUGUCUUGGAGCAUUUUCGCGAGAGAUCCGGCCACGGUGCCUCGCGGCGGCGAGCGCAUCCUCGUCGAUCCCGUGUACCCGGAUCGCUUGUUCGUCAACAUGGCGGGCGCCGAUUUAGACGCGGUGAUCGAACGAAUUCGCAACGCCGGGCUGAAGGUGUUGAUUGAUUUGCACAGCAUGCCCGGCGGUGCGGCGGCUGGGACGUACAACGGCGUUUUCCCGCAUCCGCCGAUGAUGUUCGCUCGCGACGAUCUCAGUCGCACGGGGUUGCUCAUCGUUCGAAACAUGCUCAACUGGUUCAAAUCGUUGCCGGAAGACUCUCGUCUCGCCGUACACGGAAUCACGCUACUGAACGAGCCCGGGCACAACCUUCCGGCGCAAAGGUCGAAGGUUCUGCGUUGGCUCGCCAAGGCUGUGCAAACGUACAAGGAUGAAAUCGUCAACGACGGCGUGCCCGACGGCGAGCGCGUCCCGUACCUGUACGUCAACUUGAUCGAGACGCUCGAUCUGAACGUCGCGGACAUGGCGGCUUGGAUGCGUUCGCAAUUCACGGUGAAAGAGCUCGAGUCAUGGGCGGUGUUAGACGUGCAUCAUUACUUUGCGUGGUCGUACACAGGAUGCAUGGGCGGCACCAACGCGGGGUGCGCGUUUAGUUGCGACGACAAACCAUCCGUCGUCGCGCAAAAAGUCGGCGAGCGCGCGGGCGAGUGGGCCGGUACUUUCCGAGCGGCGGCGCAGACGUACGGCGUACAAAAUCUCGCCGUAUCGGAGUGGUCGCUGGCGACGUUUUCGGACUCAUCUCGCUCGUGCUCGAACAGGGAAGUCUUGGACAUUAUGUUUGAGCAUCAAGAGCAAGCGUAUCGGGGCGCCGGCAUCCAGAGUUUCUUUUGGGGAUGGAAGAUGCCCCACGGUGGUUCGCACAUCAAAGCGUGGUCGUUGAGCGAUUACUUGGCCGGGCGAAGCGCGAGCGAACGUAAGCAGCACGCGCUGGUCCCGCACGGGUACUCGAUCGAAGACACGCUCGAGUUACCGCAAGGCGCUUCCAAGGAGGAUGCGGCGCGUCUCAUUCGCGCGUACAGCCAGUUCCCGGACAAGCCCGCCGAGGAUAAAGAUAGCCCAGACACGAUGAAGAUUCAAACCAAGGAAAUGUUGAAACUUUUGAGUGCAGUGGCGGGGCAGUCGACGGCGGCUGUGGGGGAGAGCGAUCACGCCCGCCAUCGACGCAGUCGCGGCGGGCCGUCCGCCGCCGACGCCACGGAGGAUUAUUUGCGCGCGAGUUCCAAGCUCAAGUCAAUAAUCGACACUGACGCGUACGACGACGACGACAACGACGAUGACAAGGAAAUCAUCGUUGUUCGCCACUCGCAUGUAUCUGACGUAGAAAAGACGCCGGUUGGUGAUCCGAUCCGGCUGGACUUGCCGUCUCCGCCGCCGUCUCCGAACGUCACCGCGCCGGCGGACGUCGCGCUCGCCGCGGCGCAGCCGUCGCCAUCGCCCGAGCCAGUCGACGAUGGUUCGAUCGACUCUUUGCUCGAUCCGGCGAAAGAUGUUCCUCCGCCACCGCCGGCGCCACCGCCGAUGCCACCGCCGCCGCCACCGAUGCCGCCGCCGAAGAGCGUGCUGCGCGCGCAACAACGAGCCGCGGAGACGCUCUCCGAUUUGUCGCUCACCUCCGGGGAAGGGUUCUCGAUUCCCGACGACGGCUUCGACGAGUCAUCGAGCGUGAGUGCGUCCACAAUCGAUGGCUUCUAG